GUCGACAAAGAUCACACCAAGGCCGCGGAGCUAUACCGUGGUCCUGCAGAUCGUGGAAUUCCUCGGGCUCAGGUCGCUCUUGGUCGAUGCUACGAGAGCGGCGAAGGUGUCGAACAAAGCUACGACACGGCCAUCGAGUGGUAUUCCAAGGCCGCAGAUCAAGGCAGCGAAGACGGUCGACUCCACAUCGUGUUCCUCCGAGGAUGGUUCUCGUUCAUCGGCCAUGGUGUCGAACAGAGCGAUGAAACUGCCUUCAACUACUGGCAUGAAGUCAGCACCCAAUCCACCGACCCAGUCAUCAAAUCCAUCGCCACCCACAUGGUCGGUUGGAUGCACUACCUCGGCCGGGGUAUCACGCAGGACAAGCAGGAAGGCGUCAGGAUCAUCCGAGAUAACCAAUCGGAUGAGUUCGGCCUUGGGGAAUCCGAGCAUUUGAUGGCUGUGUGUGUGUUCCAUGGAUUCGGAACCACCGAGGACAAGAAGAAGGCAAUCGGCAUAUUCGAGCAGCUCGCCAACGAAGGCCACAGUGACAGUCAGUUGUGGAUCGGAAUUUGCUACUGCUUUGGCAGGGGAGUAUCGAGGAACUACGAGAAGGCACUCGAGUGGCUCUUCAAGUCGGCCAGCCAAGGCAAUUCUUAUGGGCAGUGGAGGGUUGGUAAUUGCUACUACUACGGAUACGGAGUUACCGGGGACGAACGCAAGGCAGUCGAGUGGUUCCUCAAGUCGGCCGAACAGGGCAAUCGAUACGGUCAGUUUUGGCUCGGCUAUUGCUACCAAUAUGGCCGUGGUGUCCCCCGGGACAUCGACACCGCCGUCUUCUGGUAUCGCAAAUCCGCCGACCAGGGAUGGCAAGAUGCCAUCGACAACCUCAAGGCACUCGGCAAGUGGCCCUGA